GCGAGGGGGCAGUUCUCUAGAACGCGGUCUCCGGGAGCCAGCGGGGAAGAAAGAAGCCGAGCGGGCGGAAGGCGCCCUCCCCGCCGCCUGGGCCCGGGCACCGGGUGCCGGGGCCGGGGUCCUUCCCGCCUCCCCGCGGCCGCCGGCCGCUUUGUUUUCGUCCCCGCCUGUGUGCUCCGCGCGAGGCAAGAGAGCCGGGGAGACGGAGGUGCGGGUGGGCUCCCGCCGAAGCUGACCGGAGAACGCGGCGGCAGGAAGGGCGGCCGACCGCGCCGGGACUCGCGGGGGACCCAGGCGUCCGGCCGCCGGGAGGGCCGCGUGACGAGCUGCAAGAGGGAGUCGCGGAGCUGUGCGGCCCGGGGCGUGUGGACCCCGGGAGGGCUUGCCCGUGAGGAGAGAGACCUCCCCGUCCAGGGGGGGUGGCGAUGUUCUCCACGCCCGUGGGCUCUUCGGGCAGCCAAGGCAUCCGGCCGCUGGGACCCGGGCCCCCUCAGUCGCCACCUCUGCGGGCUGCUCCAUGGAAACUCUGUGUCCCCCUGCCCGGCUGGCAGUGCCGGCGUCCCCGCGAGGGUCGCCCUGCUCCCCCACACCCCGGAAGCCGCGUCGGGGGACCCAGGAGUUCUCUCCGCUGUGCCUACGUGCCCUUGCCUUCUGCGCCCUCGCCAAGCCCCGGGCGUCCUCUCUGGGCCCGGGAUCGGCGGAGUCGCCGCCACCGCCGCCGCAGCGGACACCGGUGCUGCUGGGCUCUCGUACCCCGCCGCGCCCCGGCGGCUGGGCCUCGGAUGGCCUGAAGCACCUCGGGGGACAGGCCGGGCGGGCCAGCGAGCCGAAGCCCCCGGCCGGCCAGGAUGCCGACGAUGCCGGGUGCCUCGGCGGUGGCGACGGAGAGGAAGAAGAGGGCGGAGGCAGUUUCCCGCACUUGGUCGCUCGCUCCUGCGCACCUCCGGGCCAAUGCCCGGAGCCCCGGCGCCCUCGGGAAUCUCCGACCAGCUCCGCCUCGACUCCGCCUCGGCCAGCUCCGGCUCUGCAGUCCCAGCCGGGCGCAGCCGGCAGCCCGCCUCCGGAGCGCGACUCCGGGCCUCCGCUGCCACCUGCGGGCCUCUCCUCGGCCGAGUCCGCGGGUCCCGGGCCCGCCCCGGAGCCAUCUCCGCUGGACCAGGCCGCCGUUGUCGACGAGGAGGCCCCGCCGAGCGCCCCCGAGGCCGGGGCCGCCGACCCCUCGACGGCCACCGCCGCGCCCGCCGAGCUCCGCCAGGAGCAUUUCGACCGUCUCAUCCGCCGCUCGAAACUCUGGUGUUACGCGAAGGGCUUCGCCCUGGACACGCCGCCCGUGCGCCGGGGGCCUGAGCGGCCGGCGGCCAAAGGGGCGGCGCGGGGAGCGGCCAAGAAGCGCCGGCGGCCUGCGCCCCCGCAGCGCAGCGCCCAGCCCCGCAGGCCCGCGCCGACGCUGCCCACCGCCAGCACCUUCAGCCUCCUGGACUGCUUCCCCUGCCCGCCGGCCCUGGUGGUGGGCGAGGACGGAGACCUGGGGCCCGCGUCCUCGCUCCGCCUGCAGGGCAACGCCAGGCCGCCGCCGGCCCACCCAGUGUGGCGGUGGCAGAUAGGGGGGCCCGCCGUCCCUGAGCCCCCUGGCCUCAAGUUCUGGGGGAUCAACUUGGAGGAUCCCUGAGCGCGCGAGGCCCAGGGCACCUCCCAAACUGCAGGCUGGUUGGAGUGGGGGAAGAGGAGGCUCGCUGGGCGGAUUGGCCAGGAUCCUUCUGGUUCGGUGGGCCAGUGACAGUGAUCUUCAAGUACCUAAGGGGUCGGCGUGACAUUCCCUCCCCUUCGGCGAAGGCUUUACCGAAAAAGGCCCAGUGUCACAGAUUGCGUCCCUCCCCCUCGGAUCUCCCGGGGCCUUCACCCCAGGGGUAGCGAAGGAGACCACCGCUCAAAGACCAAAAGAGACCGUCCAUGGUGAUGGACAAACCGGUUGUUUCCGCGUCGGUGGGCGAGCCUGGGGGUGCGGGGCCGGGGUGGGGGUGGGGAGGUGAUUGGCAGCUCCCUGGGGGCAUCCCCCACCCCCACGGCCCAGGCCUUUAACCCUUCACUCCGCCUCAGGCCUUCCCCCAGCACGCUGAGCGCCGCUGGAGCCUGGGGGAGGGGAGGGGUAGUUGGAGCCGAGGGAAGAUUCCGCCCCCUAAGUUCAGGUGACCCCGAGUUGGUCAGAUGUCCAGCCCUAGCCACCAGCUUUUUCCUUUUGUCCUGUGUUGGAGCUACCUUUUGAGUUUGCUGUUUGCUUUGGGUUCGCAAGGUCUGGUGGGUGAGAGACCCUCCCUCCGCCUGCCCCAGUUUACCCUCCCUGAUAAAAGGGGCAGGGCU